AGUUUAUUUUAUUCCCUUCCUCUUAAUCACUAAUCAACGCUCUCAACAAACAAGAACUAAUUUGUUCUACUUCUCUUGCCAUCAUGGAUGCUUUUAAACUUACCCCUGAAUACGGUUAUGUUGUGAUCAUUGCAGCUUUCUCAAUUGCAUUGACCAUAUUCUUCGGUGCACGAGUAACCAGCUACCGCAAAAUCGCUCAAGUCCCUUUACCAUUCCUCUAUGCAGAUGCUGCAGAAUGCAAAGAAGAUCAUCAAAAACUCAUCUUCAACUGCUACCAACGCGUUCACCAAAAUACCCUUGAGGGCUUCACGGGCUACUUAGCAAUGCUCUUGCUCAUUGGUGUGGUCUAUCCGAUCCCUUCAGCCGUUCUGGGUGGUGUUUGGUGCCUAGGAAGGAUCUUUUAUUAUUUCGGAUAUACCACCGGUAGACCCUCUGCACGACUGAUCGGUGCAUUUGGCCACAUUGGCGAGUUUGGUCUUUUGGGCUUUAUGGGCAAGUUUGCUUAUGAUCUAAUCGUAUCGCGCUCAUGA